UAAGGCUAUCAUAAUCAGCCCUCGGUUCCAUAUCCGAUCGUAGUUAUCUUCGCUUCUCCACUCACUGAAACAUCAAACAAAACCCUAAAAAAAAACAGAGCAUUCAAUAUCACCGGACAAUGCCCGCGGUUUCACUGUCCAAACCCAUCGUCUCCGCCAACCUUCUCUUCGCUGCACGCCUUCCGUGCUCCUGUCCCAAAUCUUCCCUCAAAUUCCCUUCUCGAUCCCUUCGGAGAAAUAGAGGAGCCCUCGUGUCCUCGUCGUCUGCACCAGCGGCUGAGGAAGAGGAGUGGCUGAACCGACUCCCUGAGAAGAAGAAACCGCUUUACUGUCACAGCCUUCCCUGCAUUGAAGCCUGGCUCAAGAGUUUAGGGUUCUCUCAGAGCCGGGAUGACCGCGCUGUGUGGAAUGUUGAGAAGCCAGAUUGGCUUGCUCAGCUUUCCCUCGAUGUCACUGAUCUCUACAUCAGGUACCUGAAGAGUGGACCUGGCAAUCUUGAGAAGGAUGUGGAAAGGAGAUUCAGUUAUGCUUUAAGCAGAGAAGACAUUGAGAAUGCAAUAUUGGGUGGGCCAUGACAGCAGAAGGGAAAGGUUUUGCUUUUAAUUUCGUUUGUUUGAAGAAGCUCUUUGUUAUUUCUGGUUGUGCACUGUCAUAUUUUUCCUGUAGUACUUUAUUUAUAAGAAAUGUCAAAAGUAAGAAAAGUUGCUGUUAAAAUUAGUUAUUUUUGUAGUGAUUGUCUGUCAACCAGUUCAAAAAUGUCAUGACAUGAGCAAGAUUUGGUCUUGCAUUUUCUCUGAAAGUAUUAUGCCAAUUUCAAAAGUGAAAUGCAGUAUGAUUCCGAUGAA